ACGCAUGCUCGUGUCUUCCCGGCUUCCUUCCCGUGUUGCCCUUGUCUAACGUACUGCUGGUCACUGUCUCGACAAAAUUAUUCUCCGUCGACCGCCUUUUCGUUCGCACCCAUUUUCUCAAAGCUCUACCUGUGGUAAUCCUUUGAUUGCUUCCAACACCAAACAAACUGCUUGGCCCGUUUACGUCUCGUACUUUGACAGCAUCGUCAUUUGUGCCCGCUAAAACAAGUUUAGCUUUAACUGUGCCGAAUACUAGGCUGGGGAGGUACUUAGCAUAAAGCAGGUAUUAUCAAAUCCCCACUGGUGCUGUCAGCCUGUGCUUGACUCGCUGCCCACCAUGUCGCAGGAUGCAGCGUCGGCGCCGUCCGAUCUAGGAGCCCAGACUCAGCAACCCCACCAAGCGGGCAACGGCGGUACCAAUAGCAGUCAUGGCACGGACAACAAAGCCAAAAGAGCUUUGAAACUAGGCGACGCAACUUCGUUAUCGCCAGAGCUGCCACCGUCCGGUUUGCAAGAGGAAGUGCCUGUAACUCCUGGUAUUACCACUGCCGCGUACCGCGAUUUCGAGUUUGACAACGACGAGUCGGGAGGAGGGCCGGGUUACUUCGGUCGACGUGGCCAGAACAUGAUGACAACUCCCGUCGGCAAGGGCCUCGAGGACGAUGGCCUGGGUCCGUCUGCCGAUUCUAGCGCCCCCGAUCCCGAGGUUCUCAAGAGGAUAAAUCAAUUCAGGCUGGGAGGCAGGAAGGAGUCGCUCACGAAUAUCCGGGCCAUGAACCCUGACCUCUCGCUCAGCGGCAACAUCAUCUCGGCCACUUUCAACAUCCCCUACUCUUUGGAGUACAGGAAGGGCGCCGACUGGGUCCUCAACCCACGCCGAGGUCAAUCAGCCCUUUUCGACUCUCUAUCCCACCUCUCCUCCGACAACACCCCAUGGAACCACACCGUAGUUGCCUGGACUGGCGAAAUCGAACCGCCUAGCGAUUUGCCCUCGCCGCCUGCUACCCCUCCCGCGACGACGACAAACCUCCCGGCGCUGAACUCUCUCUCGAAACCGAUACCCGUCAAUGGUGAAGCACCAGCGCCAGCACCUUCCCACGCUGAGGGUUUGUGGAUUCCUCGCGAGGACCAGAUGCGCCUUGAGAGCCAGCUAUCACAUAGCGCAAAGAUCAAGACUUCGGCCGUUUGGCUGUCCGAUAGCAACGAGGCAACUGAGGAAGGCAUCACGCUCAAAGAUCAGGCAAGAUGGAGGCGGUUUGCGGAGCACGAGCUCUACAACCUGUUCCACUACAAGCAGCAUGAGCCAAAUGAUGGUCGCAAGGAGCGGGUGCAGUGGGCAGACUACUACAGGAUGAACCAGAAGUUCGCCAACAAAAUCAUCGAGAACUACAAGCCAGGUGAUAUUGUUAUCAUUCACGACUUCUACCUGAUGCUGCUGCCUAGCAUGCUCCGGCAACGGGCCCCGCACAUCUACAUUGCCUUCUUCCUUCACUCUCCGUUCCCCUCCAGCGAGUUCUUCCGCUGCCUGCCUAGGCGCAAGGAAGUCCUCGAGGGUGUGCUGGGAUCCAACAUGAUCGGCUUCCAGAGUUACAGCUAUUCACGUCACUUUAGCAGCUGCUGCACCCGAAUUCUGGGCUACAAGUCCGACGCCAGGGGCGUCAAUGUUUACGGAUCACGUGUCGAAGUUGGCGUUUUCCCCAUUGGCAUUGACGCCAAGAAGGUGGAGCAGCUGGCUUGGUCCGAGUCGGUGAACAAGCUGGUACAACAGCUGCAGACACAAACCAUUCAGGGUAGGAAGCUCAUUGUUGGACGUGACCGUCUGGACUCGGUCCGUGGUGUCGCACAAAAGCUGAAGGCAUUCGAGCGCUUUCUCGAGAACUACCCUGAAUGGCGUGACAAGGUUGUGCUCAUCCAGGUGACAAGCCCUACUAGCAUCGAGGAAGAGAAGGAAGAGUCCAAGGUCAGCACCCUGGUGAACGAGCUUGUGCUCAAGAUCAACGGAAUGUAUGGUGGUCUCGGGUUCGAGCCGGUCCGCCACUUUUCACAAUAUAUCGGACAGGACGAGUACUUCGCGCUGCUUCGAGGCGCCGACAUCGGACUUAUCACGAGUGUGAGAGACGGCAUGAACACAACAUCGAUGGAAUACGUAGUUUGCCAACGAGACUCACACGGCCCAUUGAUUCUCUCUGAGUUUUCGGGCACGGCUGGAAGUCUAACCGACGCAAUUCACAUCAACCCUUGGGAUUUUAGCGCUGUAGCAGAUGAGAUCAACAGGGCAUUGACGAUGCCGCCCCAUAAACGCCAGGAGAUGCAGACUAAGCUCUACGAGCACGUCACGACCAAGACGGUACACGAAUGGAUUGGCGGAGUUGUUGCCAAGCUGAUACAAGUCUUGGGAUCCGGUCAGAACCCGGUCAAGACGCCGCUGCUGGAUCGAUCUGCCCUCCUCAGGUCGUAUCGAGCUGCCGGCAAGAGGUUGUUCAUGUUUGACUAUGAUGGUACCCUCACGCCGAUUGUGCGCGAGCCGAGCGCUGCAGUUCCCACCGAGCGCCUCCUCCAAACCAUCAAGGCUCUGGCGGCCGACGAUCGAAAUGCUGUUUGGGUCAUCAGCGGCAGGGACCAGGACUUCUUGUCCGCGCACCUCGGCCAUAUUCAGAAUUUGGGCUUCAGUGCUGAGCAUGGUAGCUUUAUGAAGAGGCCAGGUAGCGAUGAGUGGGAGAACCUCGCCGAUAAGUUCGAUAUGGGCUGGCAAGAGGAGGUUAUUGCUGUCUUCCAGAAGUUUACCGACAAGGUUGAAGGCCCAUUCAUCGAACGCAAGCGAUGUGCUGUCACAUGGCACUACCGCCCAGUUGUUGAUCAGGACCUCGCCCAGCGCCUGGCACGGGAAUGCCACAAGGAACUGGAGGCUACGGUGGCACGAAAGUGGGAGGUCGAGGUUAUGCCUGGCAAGAUGAACCUCGAGGUGCGCCCAACCUUUAUCAACAAGGGUGCGAUCGCCAAAAGGCUGGUUCUCGACUACAAUGCCGAGCUUGUUGCUGCGGGCAAGAACAAGCUCGAGUUUGUUCUCUGCAUGGGUGACGACUUCACUGAUGAGGACAUGUUCCGAUCCCUCAACACCCUAUCUGUCACGGCUGAUGGUGCUACCGAGCCCGAGCUCAAGACGGACCAUGUCUUCAGCACAACUGUCGGACCCAGCACAAAGGUCACGAUUGCGAGGUGGCAUCUGCUUGAGCCUGAAGAUGUCGUGGAGUGUGUAGCAUUGCUAGCUAGCGGCGCAAGCACCGAGCUCCUGGCAAGUCAAGGCGAGGGUGUGGUGGAGACUGUCAAGCCACUCAGGGUGAGCGAGAAUAACCUGGCGGCCAUUAGCGAGGUCGAGGGUAGGGUUCCCGAUCUCGAGUAGCGUUUCGAAUUCCUAUUUAUGACAACAUAGAGCGAUCUGCCGUCCGCCCCAUCGUCGCUGCAUAUGCAGCUAACUUGGGGCUGGAGAUUUGACGCCUCAUGGAUAGACGUCAUGCGUUGUCUUUCUUUCCUUACGAUGCCGUACUAUGGCAAGCACGCCUAUUUCAUUGUGGUAUUGGGUUCUCUCGAUGUUCUGACAUUCUACGUAUGUCACCUGGUCCGCAUUUUCUUCAUGACCAUCUCAAAGAAUACUUUCUACAUUCAAGAAUUCCCAAGACAGCAGAUCGCAAGUGCUCCCAAGAAAUCUUAUGUUUAGAGAUUUUUUUUUCUUCAGAUGCGUACUUUUUCUUUGGCGAUGAACACAGAGUAUCGGUCGCGCACCACUCCCAUAUAGACAAGACUGAACUACGUUUUGCAUACAUAAUAUUUUUGUCCAA